CUACCGGAUAUUAUUAUGUGAAACAAUGCGGUGGGGUGAUGGAUCGUGUGAUCUAUUGCGGUAUAAGUUCUUCGUAUUUUUGAUUCUGGUCGGCUGCAGCGAUGGAUACUUGAACAUCUUCAUCAGCCAAUCCCAGGUCAUGAAACUAUUGGGUCUCGAUGCCGAGUUGUACUACGUUCGAGAAGGGGUGGUUAAUACCUACGCGAUGAACUUCGUCGUGCCUGUGGCCGCGAACAUCGCGGACCUUGAAUUCUCUUGGCAGAGUCUCGCUGGACAUCCGUUGCCGUACUCGAUGGAGUUGGAUUACGACGUGGUCGGUGUCCCGGGCGGUGUUUCCGGUAUGAUGGCACUGCUACCACCGAGAGUGAACGUGUCGGCUAGGGGUGAGGUACCAGUUACCUUGCAAGUCUUCAGGAUCAGACUACCGUGUUCCGGCCUCGUCAGCGCCGAAAUUCCUUUGGCUUUGAGGUUGAACGUCACAGCACCACCUGGCACCAAAUACAAUGACACCAUUCUAGUAUUCAAAAGGAACAAGAUUUGUUUCAAAGGAGUACAAGCACCGCCGAGGAACGAUUCGGUUCGUCUCGAGCCAGGACCUCUGGUAAAUGGUGCCGGAGCACUUUACGUUGCCGCGACGUGCGCGUGUGCUUUAAUAUUAGUCGUCGGAAGCGUGGCGAGUGCCAUGUACAUUCGUAACAGCAAGGCCCGCAUACAAGAAUCACAGAAAACAUUGCCCUGCUGCAGCUACUCGGCGGCAGACACCGGGGGCCUCGCCAGAAGUUCUGUCCUGGUUAGGGUCGACCCACGACCCGGAAGCGCGAAUUCCGGAAGUUACGCGACCAUUGCCGACCUGGAGCCACUCUAUGCAAGACCUUGCGGUUCCAGAGCAAGUUACUACGCUUCCAGCCAUGUGACGCAUCUCAGCCAGUCGACUGAUCCUUGUGAGAAGGCCAGGGCGCUCGCAGUACCAAGGUCCGCGUUGUACUGUCGCAACCUCGUGCAGGAGGGCACCUUUGGACGCGUCUACAAGGGCACUUUGGAAUUGGCUGGUCGUGAGCAAGAGGUUAUCAUUAAGACGGUCACAGAAGUCGCAUCGGCUUAUCAAGCAUCUUUGCUGGUGGUGGAAGGCUCGCAAUUAGCAGGGCUGGUGCACGCAAACAUUGCUUCGCUGGCUGCCGCCUGUCUCGACAGUUCUUGUCCAUUGUUGGCGUACACGAGUACGCCGUGCGAAUUGAAUUUGAAGCCGUACCUUACCGACGGUAACUAUCAUCCCGUGACCAGGGACUUGGUGCAUGUUGGUGCACAGGUAGCCAGGGCAGGGGCAUUUCUGCACGGUCGAGGACUCUUGCACAGGGAUAUCGCUGCCAGAAAUUGUCUGAUCGAGCCAAGUAGUCUCCGCGUACGAUUAGCUGAUACAGCUUUGGCGCGAGAUCUCUUCCCUCAGGAUUACCAUUGUCUGGGCGAUAACGAGAACAGACCUAUUCGCUGGAUGGCUUUGGAGACACUCCAGCAUAAUCAGUAUAGCACGGCAACGGACGUGUGGUCAUUCGGGGUGUUUCUGUGGGAGUUGGCGACGUUGGGCCAACAACCGUACGUCGAGGUGGACCCGUUCGAGAUGAUGGCCUGUCUUCGCGAUGGUUAUCGACUGGUCCAGCCGCGACCAUGCCCGGACGAACUUUUCGCCGUGAUGGCCGUGUGUUGGCUGGGCCAGCCUAGAGACCGGCCAACCAUGCCCCAACUUCUUGCCUAUUUGCAAGACUUUCACGAUGCCCUCGGUGGUUUCAUUUAAAACGCUCAUGUUCCUUGGAGGAUACGUUCGAAUCGCGUCAUGGAAUUUUCCUCGAUGCCGAAAAUGCGAAAAGAGCGGAGGCUCAACGUGAGCGGAAAUCAGAACGAAAACACUCAUGGAGGAAGAGAGGUCUCGCGUUUAGAGACGAGGACGGAUCUUUGAAAGAAAUAACUACACCGUUAACGAGAGUCAAGAAAGUGGAAUUGAUACCGUACGGAAUUGAAAAUCACUGCCCAUUUGCGAUUUAUUGAUCACCACAGCAGAUACUCAACGUAUUUACUCAACCGCUUGGACGUGGAAGGACCGUGUCGUUUUCGGGAUUCCGUUUGAAGAGCAAUCAAAACAUGAUUAGCCAAGAAGGAAAUUGCCAACGGAGGCGUGGGAAUUUUGCGAAUUAAAAUGAUUCGAAUGAAACUAGUGACGAAAGGAUCGGCGCGGAUACAUCCGUCCAAUAGCAGUUAAAAAAAUAAAAAAAGAAAACUCGAAGCGCACAACGUGACAAAUCGAUGCAGCGAAGUCUGUGAGCCAACAAACUGGCAGUUCAUCAUACGCUCUGCACAUCCGGUGCACAGGCGUGUAUUCACAAUGUUGUUCUUCGCUCACCGACUCUUUUGUACUUCCGGCUAUUUCUGAUUUUUCCAACAUCGCAACGUUUUUAUGAUUACCGAAAGGAUUGCUAUAAUUCACUAUGGUCAAUUGUUUUAACAAAAUGUUAUAUCGAGAUUCAGUGAAUCUAUUGAGGAUCAAAAUGUGAUACAUACAAUUUUUUAACAUAAAUUAGAAGAAAACAUUGUAAUAGAUUUUGUAGAGGUAUAUAAACUAAAUUACACUGUCAUACUGAGCUCAAGCCAAUAAUUUUUAUGGAACUUUUACAAUAUUCAGUUAGACAAGUUCCAAACAGAUACAUCAAAAAUAUGUCUAAUCAAAAAUUCAUUCAAUCAAAAUGUCUCAGCCUUUACUUCAGUACUCGAAUUCAAUAUUUAUGGAAAAAUGGCAGGUUGCGAAACGACUUCCAUGUAAUGAUAACUCGGGUGACGGAGAGAGCAAAAUCAAAGCUCGGUAGACACGUAAGAAUCUUAUUGUCGUAUCUGACCUUCGGUAGGCAUAUGCUGUUGCGUAAAUGGGCGGUCGAACUGUACGUACUCGUAGUUAUGUACCUAUUAAGCCACGCCGCGCAAGUCACUUCUAGUAUCCACGCCUCGCGUCAGGUUGCACGAAUUAUGCAGGAUACAGUGAAUGAGUCCCAGCGCCGUGGUUUUAGCUAAGCAUCCUGCGGUCCAGUAUUCUUCCUACUGCGUAUCCGACGACCGAAACGAACGCUCUCGAUGCUAAUUGCAGCCUUACACUUAUUUCAUUCGGCAGGCGUUUUAACGACUUCAUGACGAAUGUAUCAGAGCUUCGAUUGAAGUAUCACGUCAACAUUUCUAGUGCGUUUUGAAAGAGUUAUGACAUUUUCUGGUAAACAAUGAAAUGAUUCUUACUCCGUUUACUCUGAAAAUCGCAGUGAGCGCAUUGAAUGAGGAAAGUGGUAUUAAAAAAGAAAUGCAAAGAAUCGUGUACCGCCAUAGAAGCUGGUUACGAAUUUAUGCGUUGUUGAAUCCGAACGGUAGAGCGUAUUCGACUUUGAAAAGUGAACUGUGUACUUAUCCUUUAACGAGAUCGGAUUUUGGAUCAUUUCUUAAAUGGAUCGUUUCGUGUACAUUAAGCUCUAUCAUAACUUUGACGAUAAGCUAGUCCGAUAUAUAGAUUUGUACUAUAUUUUUAUCGUGAAACGUAUUUACGAAGAUAUUUAUUCAAGUCACUUUUCUAGUCUCGAACCAUUGAAUUAUGGAAUUUAUUUUCAAGACGUAUUAAUAAAUAUUCAUUCGAUGUUCCAUUUAAAAGGCGCGAGUAACUAUUCGGCCAUCGUGCCGAACGUUGAAUCGUAAAACAGUGAAUGGAUAACGUUUAAUUUAGGUAAGGUAAUUAUUUAAGUCGCUGUGCGUGAAGAAGAAAGUUGUCGGAUUUCUUUAAAAAAGCAACGACGAUGAUGCAGAAAAUUCAUGAAAAGGCGCGAGAUGACGUAACGCGCACACGUACGCAGACACACAGACACACGUACACGCAUACAUACAGACAAACAUGUUUAAAUGUACUCGAUGUGUAAAUGUCGCAUGUUCCUGACUACGACCAUUAACUUUAUCGCACUCUCUCUCUCUCCCUCUCGUCCCUUUCUCCCAGACCCCUUUUUCGACUAUACCUCUCUCUUUCUCUCUCGACGCAUUAUAAAAAGCUGAAUUUACCAUCUCGCCUCGUACACUAUUGCUACGACCAUUUCUACUACUAUGUAAUUAAUAACACUAUUUAAAGUAAGCUAUCGCUCGCCGCUAUUUAUCAUGACGUACCUAUCGUCGAUCUUUCGUUACCACGAAAUCGUCGUCCCUCUAUGAUGUAUUCGGUACGUUGUAAUUCCUUAAAUUGUGUCAGCUCCCGUGAAAAAUUCUCGCAAUUUCUUGUAACACAGUUCCUGUCACUAAUUGCAUAUCAACGUGGAUAAUGUUACAAAUAUCUGUUGUUUGUUUUUGUUCCGAUUCAUCAUCUCCAGAAUCAAUCUGAAUCAGAAUCAUUUUACAAUUGAUAAAAAACUACUUAAUGGUAUCACAUGCGUUGCACAUAUGAUUAAAGAUGACAGAACUUUCCACGGGACGUUACAAUUUCAUUGUUUCGUUUUAUUAAAUGGAGGAACAGGGUAGACUAGCGCUGCACACUUUUUCGCUAUCGCUGUAUAAUGUUUAAAGGAAAGCAUCAUCGCGUUUCCACGUCAACGUCACCCUUCUUUUUCUCCCAUUUUCACGAGGGUCCUCGCAGAGAAAAUCGGCGGCGAAGGGGUCGACGGUUGCCGCCCACCCUUCUUUCGGAUUCUGCUGACCCUUUGAACGCAACUAAAGACCUCAUCAUCGUGAGACAGUUCCGAGUCACUGUAAAUAUCUCUAGCGAAUAAUAGUGGUGCGCCGAGUGAGUUGAUUUGUGCAGAUUCUAUUAUUUCCUACGACGAUUUACGGCAUUAUUUUUCAACGGAAAGUGAAAUAUACGUGUUAAAAAAAGAUACGUUUUGAUUCAUUCAUCAUCCCCUUGAAUUAAAAAAAAAAUCUUGCUAGUUUCGAUGUUGAUUAAGCAUCGUAAAA